CAAGAAAAUUAUUUUCCAAAGCCGUUGCUUAUCAAACAGCGUCGUAACGCAAACAAACGUGAGUGCAAUGACUUCAGAGGUUAAUGAGGAAAAUGAACCUGGUGGAAGGUGUUUACUGGGAAACUGGGUUGAGGAGAGGGCUACAGCAUUGCUAGACAGGACCGGGCCUAGAUCACGUGUUCAUAAGUAUGGACACACUGGGAUUCUUACCAUGGACGUGGCUGCUAAAGUACAGGGACUCAGUACAUUUAAAGCUGCUUUUAAUUCUCCUAAAAGCCUUGGGGUGCGACAAAAAGGAAGACGAGCUGAACUUUUGGAAAAUGAUCUCAUCAAAAUAAUAAGUGAUCAGAUACAUGCAGAGAGGAACACAGAGCCUCCAGCCCCAGAGUUGUGCUCUGUGACCAAAGCAGACUACAAGGUGGAGGGCUUUAAGUCUGUCCGUGCACCAAUGGCCAUGGAUCAUGAUUACACAACUGAGCAGGCCAUCACAGUUUGGAGUGAUAACUAUCAGAAAAUUCAGGGUGUGACAACAGUUAAAACUAAGGAUCAUCCAUUUAAAAGAAAUGCCACUUUUAGUACACCAAUUUCAACUAGAUCAGCUCAAUGA